AGAAAGGAAAGGAAGAAAGUGAGCCAUGAAAAGUCCUGAAGCGUUUAUAUUUUUUUCAAGUGGGCUAGAGAAGCGGCAGGCAGGCAGGCAGCAGCCACAACAGGAAUACAACAGCGGCAGCGACUCGAUUUGCCCUAGCCGUCGGCCGCCGUCUACCACCACCACCAAGGUCGUGAUGGAUACUCAGCUUCUGAGCUUUAACCAGACCAACCUUUCUAUUAAACCCUUGCAGACCCCACCUUUUCGCUUCGCCGGCGUUCACAAUUUUAAUUAUCCUCGAUCUCUUUCCUUUGCCAAAGGAUUGAGUUUCAACAGAAUAAGGUGUGCAAUGAAGUCUUAUAAGUUAUCAGAACUUAGUCGUGCCGAGGUAGAAAGCCUCCAGGCUCGUCCCAGGAUAGAUUUCUCUUCUACAUUCGGAAUGGUGAAUCCGAUAAUUGAUGCUGUUCGUGGAAGAGGCGAUGCUGCAGUCAAAGAGUCGGUGCUACUUUCAUUCUUUAGCUCAUUUGUUUCAUAUGGUUUUGUUUGGUUGAUGAUUUUGUUUUAGAUAAUGAUGCAUGUACACUCUGCACCUCACACUCAGUUACACACUUCAAUUUCUGUUAUUUUACCGUUAAUUACACUUAAU